AUGGAUGCUUGUCAUAUUCUACUUGGUAGGCCUUGGCAAACGGAUAAAAAAUCUAUACAUGAUGGGUAUCACAAUACGUAUACCAUAGUCCAUGAAGGGAGGAAGAAAAAACUACACCCUUUACCACCCCCACGGUUUUCACCAUCACAAACCCCACAAAAAGAAGUAUCCUUGUUGUCUCUUAAAGAGUUUGAGAGGGAGUUGGAAGGUGAGGGAGAGUUGUUCAUGCUGUACUCCAAGGAAACCCACGAAAAAUUUGUUGCUCAUAAUCCUAGGUUAGCCCAAUUGAUUAAGGAUUUUGAGGACGUUUUUCCGGAUGAAUUACUAAAGGACUACCACCCAUACGAGGAAUUGAGCAUCAAAUUGAUCUCAUUCCCGGAGCACCCUUGCCAAAUAAACCAGCCUAUAGAUAAAGAUGGUACUUGGAGAAUGUGUAUUGAUAGUAGAGCCGUUAAUAACAUUACCAUCAAGUACAGGUUUCCAAUUCCAAGGCUUGAUGACAUGCUUGAUGAGCUGAGUGGUUCCAAGGUCUUCUCAAAAGUAGACUUGAGAAGUGGUGCUAAGGCCAUUCUUGGCAAGUUUGUGGUAGUAUACUUGGAUGACAUUCUCAUUUAUUCACGUGAUGAAGAAGCUCAUUUUGAUCAUCUUUUUCAAGUAUUUUCUGUUUUAAGACAAGAAAAAUUGUAUGGGAAACUAGAAAAAUGUGAUUUUUUAUUGUAUGAAGUCAUGUUUCUUGGCUAUAUAGUUUCAGGAAAUAGAUUAUGUAUUCCAAAAUGUCCCAUUAGAAGUUUGUUGAUACAUGAAGCUCAUGGGGGAGGACUAGCUGGUCACGUUGGUAUUCACAAGACAAUGGAGCUUCUCCAAGCUCACUUUUAUUGGCCGAAAAUGUUAGCCACGGUUCAUCGUGUG